AUGCCGUUUGGAUUAGCUAAUGCUCCUGCCACAUUUCAACAUUGGAUUAAUGACAUUCUACGUCCCUACCUCGAUCAAUUCGUAACGGCAUACUUAGACGAUAUCCUUAUCUAUUCCGAGACCCUAUUAGAACAUAAAGAACAUAUUCAAAAGGUUCUGAAGGUACUUGAUGAGAAUCAUGUUCACCUUAAACCUGAAAAAUGUGAAUUUAUGGUUCAAGAAACAAAAUACCUUGGUCUAAUCCUUACUCCGAAUGGGAAUAGAAUGGACCCAAAGAAAGUCGUCGAUGUUUUAGAAUGGACCACACCAACAAACCUUCGUGAUGUCCAAGUAUUUCUAGGAUUUGCAAAUUUCUAUCGACGAUUUAUUCUAGGAUAUUCGAAAAUUGUUGCUCCGCUUACAGCUUUGACAAAGAAAAACGUUAAAUUUGAAUGGACGAAUGAAAGAGAGGAAGCAUUUCAAACUUUGAAAAAGAUGUUUACAACGGCACCGAUACUAGCUCAUUUCAAUCCGGAUCGAAAAAUUGUGAUAGAAACCGAUGCAUCCGACUAUGUUUCAGCAGGAAUUCUAUCUCAACGUGACAACGAAGGAAUUCUACAUCCAGUCGCUUUCUUUUCCAAGAAACACUCUCCUGCAGAGUGUAACUACGAAAUCUAUGACAAAGAACUUUUAGCAAUUAUACGAUGCUUCGAAGAAUGGCGACAUCACCUAGAAGGAGCUCAAUUUCCAAUUGAAGUUCUUAGCGAUCAUCGGAAUCUUGAAUAUUUUAUGACAACAAAAUUGUUAAAUCGUCGACAAGCCCGUUGGUCCGAAUUUCUUUCACGCUUUGAUUUCGUUAUACAAUUUCGGCCAGGAAAACAAGGAACAAAACCAGAUGCAUUGACUAGAAGGUCAGGUGACCUACCUAAAGAGGGGGAUGAACGGUUGACGCAUCAGAGUCAAGUGAUUUUGAAGCGAAAAAAUUUGGAUACUAAGCUAAGUUUGUUCGCGGGUUCUUUGUCAAAUGAAUCCGCUGAAGGAGCGUCUAUUGUAGAGGAAUUAUUUUCAAAAGCUUAUCAAGUCGAUAGUUUUCCAAAUAAGAUCCUCACUAUGCUUCGGAAUGGUGUUCGCCACUCAAAUAAAAUCUCGCUUGCCGAAUGUACGGAAGAUAAUAACGGUCGGCUACUUUAUCGAGGCAUGCUAUAUGUACCAGACGACGAUGACCUUCGACUAAGGCUUUUAAAAGAAUACCAUGAUAAACCAUCUGCAGGACAUCCGGGUAGAGCGAAGACUCUGGAGCUCCUAAGUCGAGAAUAUUACUGGCCACAGAUGCGGAAGUUCGUCGAUCAGUAUAUUAGGAAUUGCAAUGUGUGUACCCGUAGCAAGGCAUCACACAAUGCACCUUAUGGAGUACUUCGCCCCAUGCCAAUUCCCGAUGGACCCUGGACAGACGUCUCGAUGGAUUUUGUAACUGAUCUUCCUGAGAGUGAUGGGUAUAAUGCGAUUUUGGUGGUAGUGGAUAGACUAACCAAAAUGCGACAUCUAAUACCAACGACCAAAGAGGCAGACUCAAAGGAAGUAGCAAAGCUAUAUAUCGAUUAUGUUUGGAAGCUGCAUGGACUACCAGAUACCAUUGUAUCUGAUCGAGGAACACAGUUCGUUGCAGAAUUCUGGAAGUCGCUUUGUAAUCGGUUGGAAAUAUCACCAAAAUUCUCUACUGCAUUUCACCCCCAAACAGAUGGACAAACGGAAAGAAUCAAUGCCGUAAUGGAACAGUACCUCCGAAGUUAUGUUUCCUACCAACAAGAUGAUUGGGCUCGAAUGCUACCAAUGGCCGAAUUUGCGACAAACAACCAUGCUUCCGAAACAACAAAGGUCUCCCCGUUCUAUGCCAAUUCGGGAAGGAAUCCGAGAAUGACUUUUGGCCCUUUGGAACAUGGUCGAACAACGGCUGAGGAUCAAGCGAACCGUAUUGCAAGAGAAAUGAAGGAUGUAGUAGAUUUCCUAAGAGAAGAGAUGUUUCGAGCGCAAAGGAUACAAGAAGAAUCAGCCAACAGGAAUCGAACUCCAGCUCCUCGGUACCAUUUAGGAGAUAAAGUUUUCCUAUCGACUCGUCAUAUUCUAACCAAACGACCUUCCAAGAAAUUCGACUGGAAACGUAUUGGACCUUAUAGUGUUAAGCGCAUUGUUAAUCCCUACGCUUACGAGUUGGAACUUCCCCGGUCAAUGAAAAUUCACCCA